AUGGCUCCUACAUUCCCGUACGUGGACAGCCCAGAAGAAGAGCUGCAGCAGAUGAACUACAAUGAGGAAGUGGACGAGAGUGGCACUGACUUCAAUCUCUCAAGCAUAUCUAAGUUGGAUCCAAACCAAAUUAUCUAUUACCUGCCUACAUGGGAUCACACUUUGUCAUGGCUGUCUCCUCCCCCAGAGCUCAGGUAUGGAAAGAAGCUAAGGACCACUGACCAUGGCGCAAGCAUCGCCCAUUUUGAGAAGAAUGCCGCAGGAGACCACGAGAAGUGCGCUCGCAAGCUCCAAUUCCGCAAUAUCAUCGACCUCGUGGACAGCUACAAGCAAAAGUUUUCUGCCCAGGAGGUGCUCGGGGAAAUGCCGGAAGCCGAUGCCGGGAUGGAGGAGGUAGCCGGCGGAAGCGCGAGCGAUGGGAUGAGGCUGGUGCAGCUUCUCAUCUCGUGCGCGGAGGCGGUGGCAUGCCGCGACCGGGUACAGGCGUCGGCGCUGCUGGCGGAGCUGAAGGUGAGCGCGCUGGUGCUGGGCACCUCGUUCCAGCGAGUAGCGUCGUGCUUCGUGCAGGGGCUGUCGGACCGGCUGGCGCUGGUCCAACCGCUAGGCGCCGUCGGCAUUGUCGGCCCGGCGACGGUGCCGUCUCUGGCGUUCGAGAAGAAGGACGAGGCGCUGGGCCUCGCCUACGAGCUCUGUCCCUACAUCCAAUUCGGCCAUUUCGUGGCCAACGCCGCCAUCCUGGAAGUCCUUGAGGGAGAGAGCCCGGUGCACGUGGUGGAUCUGGGCAUGACGCAGGGCCUGCCCCACGGCCACCAGUGGCGGAAGCUGCUGGACGCCCUGGCGGCCCGGGGCGUCCCACCGCCACGGCGGUUGCGCAUCACCGGAGUGGGGCCCCGCGUCGAACACCUUCAGGUCAUCGGCGACGAGCUCAAGUCGUACGCGGCGAGGCUAGGGCUCCGGCUGGAGUUCUCCGUGCUGGAGAGCAACCUGGAGAACCUGCGGCCGGAGGACUUCGAGGUGGAGGAAGGCGAGAUCGUGGCGGUGAACAGCGUCCUGCAGCUGCACUGCGUGGUGAAGGAGAGCCGGGGCGCGCUCAACGCCGUGCUGCAGAUGAUCCACGAGCUGCAGCCGGCGGUGCUGGUGGUGGUGGAGCAGGACUCGAGCCACAACGGCCCCUUCUUCCUGGGCCGGUUCAUGGAGGCGCUCCACUACUACUCCGCCAUCUUCGAUUCCCUGGACGCGAUGCUGCCCAAGUACGACACGAAGCGCGCCAAGGUGGAGCAGUUCCACUUCGCGGAGGAGAUCAAGAACAUCGUGAGCUGCGAGGGGCCGGCCCGGGUGGAGCGGCACGAGCGCGUGGACCAGUGGCGGCGCCGGAUGAGCAGGGCCGGGUUCCAGCCGGCCCCCAUCAAGAUGAUGGGCCAGGCCAAGCAGUGGCUCGCCAAGUUUCGGCCAACGGAAGGCUACACCAUCGCCGAGGAGAAGGGCUGCCUGCUCCUCGGCUGGAAGUCCAAGCCCAUCAUCGCCGCCUCCUCCUGGAAAUGCUGAUCGUCCAUCGUCCAUCGUCCAUCGUCCAUCCCACGGUCCCGGUGCUCUUGUAGCUGGGCUCCACCGCCGCUCAUCCACUGUAAUUGGCAUAUAUGCCAAUACAGUUAGUACCAAUAAAGGCCCAGCUCUUUCUUUUAUUUUCUGACUGACAUCUUUGUACAGAAUAG